GUUCCUGUUGAGUAUGGGUUCUUCCAUUGAACGGCUGUGUGUCCGUAUAACAAGUAAUGUCACCUUUCUGGGCUUCAGUACCCUUCCUCUUCCUCUCCUCCUAAAAUGGAUUAUGCUACUACAACUACUAGAGUUGCCAAAAGCAUUAGGUAUCAUAAAAAUACUUAAUCCUAUUCUGGAUUUAUCGAGCAUCAACAUGAGCCAGGAACGUGCUAAGUGUUUUGCGUGAGCAGUGCCUGGCACAUGUAAGCUCACAGUAACAGAUGCCAUUUUUCUGGUCGUAUUAUUAAUGGUAGGUAGGACCAGGCUGAGCACAGGAGGUGAUUGGGUCCCCCGCCCCCACCUACUGGCUGAGUGAUAUUUGGCGUGUCUCUGCACGCUCCUACUAGCCUCCUUCCUUAGUUUCCCGUCUGCAAAACGUGAUGCCAACAAGACCCCUAGAGGUUUCCCCCUGUUACGAGUUCUAAGUCCUGACGGCUCACUCCUUCUGACCUCAGGAGGCUCCCACCUCCCUCUGCAGGUCCAGGCACCGGACCUGGGAGGUGUGAGUGGGGGGCAGGGCGGGCAAGCCUCGGCAGGCGAUUGGACUACGAGGGGAAGGAGGGAGGAGCGGCGGCUGCACUGCGGAGCCCAGAGAGCCAGCUGCGCGGCCUGUGGACGCGGGAUGGCAGGGGCGAGCUCCACGCCCUGUCCCCGUCUAAGCUACCACCUUUACUUCCACCAGGCUGGGAACCAGGGCUUCCUUGGUUGUGGUCAGCAAUGAGUCUGGAUGACAAUUUGUCGGGCACAAGCGGUAUGGAAGUGGACGACCGCGUGUCGGCGCUGGAGCAGCGGCUGCAGUUACAGGAAGACGAGUUGGCGGUCCUAAAGGCGGCGCUGGCGGAUGCUCUGCGUCGCCUGCGGGCGUGCGAAGAACAGGGAGCGGCGCUGCGCGCGCGGGGCACCCCCAAGGGCCGGGCGCCUCCGCGCUUAGGCACCACUGCCUCGGUGUGUCAGCUCUUGAAAGGCCUUCCCACCAGGACGCCCCUUAAUGGCUCGGGACCCCCGCGGCGCGUGGGUGGCUAUGCCACGUCCCCAUCCUCUCCCAAGAAGGAGGCAACCUCCGGGCGCAGCAGUGUCCGCCGCUACUUGUCACCAGAGCGCCUCGCCUCGGUGCGCCGCGAGGACCCCCGCAGCCGGACCACAUCCUCCAGCAGCAACUGUAGCGCCAAAAAGGAAGGCAAAACCAAAGAAGUUAUCUUCAGUGUGGAGGAUGGCUCCGUGAAAAUGUUCCUGAGGGGCCGCCCUGUGCCCAUGAUGAUCCCAGACGAGCUGGCACCCACCUACAGCCUGGACACACGCUCAGAGCUGCCUUCUUGCCGGCUCAAGCUGGACUGGGUCUAUGGCUACCGUGGCCGAGACUGCCGGGCCAACCUUUAUUUGCUGCCCACCGGGGAAAUAGUGUACUUUGUGGCCUCUGUGGCCGUGCUAUACAGCGUGGAGGAGCAGAGGCAGCGACACUACCUGGGACACAACGAUGACAUCAAAUGCUUGGCCAUCCACCCAGAUAUGGUCACCAUCGCCACCGGACAGGUGGCGGGCACCACUAAGGAAGGGAAGCCGCUGCCACCCCACGUGCGCAUCUGGGACUCAGUUUCCCUCUCCACCUUACACGUGCUGGGCUUGGGGGUGUUUGACAGAGCCGUGUGCUGUGUGGGCUUCUCCAAAUCCAAUGGGGGCAACCUGCUGUGUGCAGUGGACGAAUCCAAUGAUCACAUGCUCUCAGUGUGGGACUGGGCCAAGGAGACCAAGGUGGUGGAUGUCAAGUGCUCCAAUGAGGCUGUAUUGGUGGCCACCUUCCACCCCACGGACCCCACUGUGCUUAUCACCUGCGGGAAAUCUCACAUCUACUUCUGGACCUUGGAAGGGGGCAGCUUGAGCAAGCGGCAAGGCCUCUUUGAGGUGGGAACCGUAUCACACAGGCGGUGCUGGGUGCCCAUGAUGGCGGCGUGUUUGGGCUCUGCGCCCUGCGGGACGGGACGCUGGUGUCCGGAGGGGGUCGUGAUCGGCGGGUGGUCCUCUGGGGUUCUGACUACAGCAAGCUGCAGGAAGUGGAGGUCCCCGAGGACUUUGGCCCCGUGCGCACGGUGGCAGAGGGCCACGGAGACACACUGUACGUGGGGACCACCCGCAAUUCCAUCCUGCAGGGCUCCGUGCACACAGGCUUCUCGCUGCUGGUCCAGGACCCCUUCCCAGGAUCCAGCAACCAAGAGUUUAACUCCGAGCACAGCAGAGGGGCCCCAGGCCCCUGCUCCAACUGUGCUGCCUCCUGCCACUCUGAUUGUGAGUGGCAUCCUUCAGGGCCAUGUGGAAGAGCUGUGGGGCCUGGCCACACACCCCAGUCGGGCCCAGUUUGUGACCUGCGGGCAGGAUAAGCUGGUGCAUCUGUGGAGCUCAGAGUCCCACCAGCCCCUGUGGAGCAGGAUCAUCGAGGACCCUGCCCGCUCAGCCGGCUUCCACCCCAGUGGCUCUGUCCUGGCUGUGGGUACAGUGACUGGCAGAUGGCUGCUGCUGGACACGGAGACCCAUGACCUGGUGGCUAUCCACACAGACGGCAAUGAACAGAUCUCAGUGGUCAGCUUCUCCCCAGACGGGGCGUACCUGGCCGUGGGCUCCCACGACAACUUGGUGUACGUGUACACGGUGGACCAGGGCGGCCGCAAGGUCAGCCGCCUGGGCAAGUGCUCGGGCCAUUCCAGUUUUAUCACCCACCUGGAUUGGGCCCAGGACAGCAGCUGCUUUGUCACCAACUCCGGGGACUAUGAGAUUCUGUACUGGGACCCGGCUACCUGUAAGCAGAUCACCAGUGCGGAUGCUGUGAGGAACAUGGAAUGGGCCACAGCUACUUGUGUCCUGGGGUUUGGGGUGUUUGGGAUCUGGUCUGAGGGGGCGGACGGCACUGAUAUCAAUGCUGUGGCCCGCUCCCAUGAUGGGAAGUUGCUGGCUUCAGCUGAUGACUUUGGCAAAGUUCACCUGUUUAGCUACCCCUGCUGUCAGCCUCGAGCCCUCAGCCACAAGUACGGUGGACACAGCAGCCACGUGACAAAUGUGGCCUUCUUGUGGGAUGACAGCAUGGCCCUGACCACGGGGGGCAAGGACACCAGUGUGCUACAGUGGCGGGUGGUCUGAUGCGGCCAGGGAAGAGUCAGGUGUCAGGGCAGGAAUUCUAUUUUCGGGAGAUGUCUAUUGCCGAGUAGAGUAAUAUAUACCCAGAGUAUGUCUAUAGCAGAGGGGGUUAUUGGGGUGGGAGGGUAGACUGACAGACAGAAGUCUCUAUUUAUCCGGGUGGGAAGAGGGAGUCACAUCGCUUUGGGGAUCCAUCGGUGUUUGGUUUGGGGUGUUUUUUAAGUUUUUUCUUUUAUAUCAUCCAGAAAUAAAGUCACGUACACUAA